AUGUCGAAAACCACUUCCAUCGCCCUCAUGGCGCUAGGCGCCGGAGGCGGCGCCGCGCUCACGGCCUCGAUCUACUCCAUGCGCUCCCAAAAGCAACCUCCCACCGCGACGACAACGGCACCGACGACAACCUCCUCCUUCUCGACAGCUCCCACCGUCCCCGUCCCCAGCACGCAAGUCUUCGCCAACCCCAACGCCGUCCCGCUCCCUCCCUCACCCUCCGGCGGCCCGGGUCCCGUUCCCGUAGCGUCAGGCAGCCCCGUCGACCCAGCAGGCAUCUUCGAAUACGGCUUCCCGGGUCCCGUAGCCGACCUCGCGACCCGGCAAGGGCUCGUCUCCUCCUUCGACCGCCGCACCCGCAACCCGCACUACGUCGUCGAGCACAUCACACCCGCCUCCCUCGCCCAGCGCGACGGCGACCGCAAGCACAGCGUCUUCCUCGAAGACGCCUCCGUCCCCGAAAAGUUCCAGGCCAAGCUCAAGGAUUACUUCCGCAGCGGCUACGACCGCGGCCACCAGGUCCCCGCCGCCGACUGCAAGUGGUCCCAAAAGGCCAUGGACGACACCUUUUACCUCACAAACAUGUGCCCGCAGGUCGGCGACGGCUUCAACCGCGACUACUGGGCCCACUUCGAGGACUUUUGCCGCCGCCUGACGACGCGGUACCCGUCUGUCCGCAUCGUCACCGGACCCUUGUACCUCCCCAAGCGCGACCCCGUCGACGGCAAGUGGUACACCAAGUACGAGGUCAUCGGCAACCCGCCCAACGUCGCCGUGCCGACGCACUUUUACAAGGUCAUCUUCGCCGAGGACGGGAAGGCCGGCGGCAACGUCGCCAUUGGCGCCUUCGUGAUGCCCAACGCGCCCAUCCCCAACAGCAAGCCGCUGUCAGAGUUUGAGAUGCCGCUCGAGGCCGUGGAGCGCGCUGCGGGACUCGAGUUCGCGAGCAAGCUUGCGCCGCAGCGCCGCAAGAGGCUCUGUACCGAGGCGACGUGCGCGAUUGUCGUCAAGGAGUACGCGGAUAGGCAGAAGCAGAUUGGUGGCGGCGGCAAGGGCCGUUCAUAG